UCGGCCCAAGCUCCGCACAAACUCCGCUGAAGGCCAGCACGAGCCGUCUUCAAUGUUGACAAACACGGCCAAGCUAACGGACUAUUCCUAAUUUUUCCUCAGAAAUUACAGCUUUUUUACUGGACUUUGCUGACUAACUAAAUGUGUAUUUCGACUGCUGCGCACUGUUUCAUACUCGUAACCUACACGGCUGUACUAGAUAGCAAAAAAGCUAACGGUAACUUUUGCUAGCGAACGAGUUUGGCUACAAGUGGCGAACUGUGAGGAGGUGGCUAGCUAGCUAGCUUGCGUGCUAAUUGCCCGAAGCUAAUUCGGCUCAGUAAUUUGCGUAUUCGAAGCGGUAUUUGAACACAGAUAUCAGCGUGUAUGUUUUAUAACUAUGUCUGAGUAGGUUACGUUAAUGUUAGCAACUUGGCUAUCUCGCUCACACCGACGUUGUAUUGUGCUUCAUAACGGAACAUCUCGAGUUCACUGCCGAAUCCCUAACUUACUAGGAACUUAAACCAAAUGUGUGACUCGGAUGAGCAGCUGUUCGCUGUUAGUUAACGUAAUUGUAUGAAGGGAGAACCCUUGGACUUGAUUUAGCGGAUGUGGCAUAUGGUAUGUCGAAUCGUCGUCGCCGCUGCACCGGUGGCCUCUCCCAUAAAGGAAUUUGCGUUUUUCUGUGUGCUCCAUAGAAGGAAUGAUGAUGAUGAUUAGGAGCGUAUAUGGCUGCUGUAUUUUGGUAACCAAAUGUUGGAAGCCGUCUGAGGAGCUUUACUGUCACCAGCACAGUGAGGUCAUUUGCAAGUGAUGCGAGGACUGCUGUUCAGCUUCACUCGGCCAUGGAGCAAACAGAGGAGAAAGCCGAGAUGCAAGAGCUCUCUGUGCACUUGCAGGAGGACGGCUUGUCCCCUGAGGCCUCGGCGGAUGAGCGGCAGCGUCACCUGUGGCGUUUGCUUCAGCGCAGUGAGGGCAGCUUGGCCGCGGCCACAGAGGAGCUGCAGGCGCUGCGCACACAGCAGGCCAGCGAGAUGAGAGAGGUGGAGAAUUAUGUGGAGCACAUUCGAAACAUGCUGGAGGAGCGCGAAUGUCUGACAGCUGAAUAUGAACGUGACAGUGAGCAGCUUCGUGCUGAGCUCGCACAGAUGAAGCACCAGCAAGAGUGCCAGUGUAAAGAGGUGACGGAGAUGCUGGAGCAAGAAGGUCUAGCUGAGAUCAGUCAUAGCAGCGCCAGUGAGCAGGUGGCCUACCUGCUUGUGGAGAGAGUUACCUUGUUGGAGAGGUUGGAGGCUGCAGAGAGGAAACUCGAUACCCAGACCCUCACAGGCAACCUCAGGGAGGUCCAUCUACAGGAGGAGCUAGACCACAUCCGGCACACUCUGGAGGCGGAGCUAAAGCAGCAAAGGGAAACAAUGCACCACACUAAAGAGAGCAUAAACAAGGGACAGGAAUCUCCAGCUCAGAGCCCCUGGAGGAAACUCUUUGGGGUGCGCAAGGCUACACAAAGGGCGCAGAGCCUUACUCCUGCCCACAGUGAGGAGCUGGCACAGGAGCGCAAAGAGAGGCAGAAGCUAGAGAGGGAUCUGGAGGAGGCGUCCAGCAGACUCGCUAUGGCUCAUAAAGAGAUUCGCAACCUGACCAAUGAGCUAGAUCUGGCUCGGAAAGCCCAGACCAUUUCUGGGCCUGACCUGCAGACAACAGGUGAAGAAGUGGCACGGCUGAAACAGGAAGUAGAAAAGCUGAAACAGUGUGAUAUGGUGGAGCUUCAGAAGGCAAAGGAACGCAAUGAAAGACUUGACACAGAGAUUCGGGUCCUGAGGGAUAGAGUGCGCUCGUUGGACUCUGAGAGGAAGACUCUUUUGAAAAUGAUUGAAAAUUCUAAGACAAAUUCUAAUCAUGGAGACAACAUAGAGCAUGAUCCAACUCAUUCUGCACAGGUUGAUGGCAAUGACAAUAAUCAAGAACUGCCAGAUACAACACUAAAUGAUGAACAAGAACAACUUCAUAAAAGGUGUCGGAGAGAGUCUGAAGAUAAGGACUGUCGUCUGCGGGAGCUGCAGAGGAGGCUGCAGAAACAGCAGCAGGAGUAUGAGGAGCUGGUAGAGAGGAAUGAAGAGCUAGAGGCACUGCUGGGAGAGACACAGAAUAAGGCUAAAGAGGAACGAGAACUUCAUGAGUGUGAAGUGGAGGGCUUGCAAAGGAAGGUUAAAAAUAUGGAGGUUGAGCUAAAUUUAAAGAUGCCUGUGAAAAAGGAGAAUCAGACGAAAGAAGCAGUGCCUGAGCACAAAGAUAGUGGUAUUCAGGAGAGGCUGACAUUUCUGGAGAGUCGUCUUGCUGAGGAGAAGGACUGGAGAAAACAGUUAGAGGUGGACUUAUCUGUAGCUCAGUCUUCCCUUAAGAAAGAGAAACAGACAAUGCUCAGAGACCAUGAGGAGCUGAAGAGAUUGCGCUUAGAGGUGCAGAGCUUGCAGGCUGCUUGCCAGCAAGAGAAAUCCCUUAACAAGAAUCUCACACAGAUUAAAGGAGAAAAAGGAAUUCUGGAAGAAAAGGUGGCCCAGUUGGAGCGUGCUCAGACGCGACUCCAGGACGACCUGGCACAGCAUACAGAGAACAGCAGAGUGCAGGAGGAUCUGCGAGAGAGCAAGGAGCAGGUGACACAGCUUAAGGCUCUAGCUGAACAGCUGAGAUCAGAGCUGUCUACACUGGAGAAAGAACACAGCACUCUGAGGGAUGAGCUGGUGGAGAAGCGCAGGCAGGUAAUGGAGCUGCAGACUGAGUUGAGCGUCAGAGCCCACGAUAGGCUGCAGGCUGAAGGUCAGACAGAGCGGCUCAGCCUGGAACUCCAACGCGUAAAGGAGCAGCUACAGGCCACAAGUCAGGAAAAAGCGUCUGACCCUAAUCCUAAACCACCUGCAGGAGACAAAGGGCUCAGCCAGGUGGCAUGUGUGAGGUCAGAGAUGAGCAAACUGCAUGCCACCCUGGAAGAGGAAAGACAGCUGGCCACCCAGCACCAGCUGGCCCUGCAGGCUCAGAUCAGCGAGGCCCAGGCUCGGGCCAAGGCUCAAGACUCUCUCCUACAGCAGAAGGGCGAGGAGAGUAAGCAGCUAAAGCAGGACCUUCAAAGGACCCAGCAUCUCUUUACUUCAGCUGAGCGGGAGCUGCGCUACGAGAGGGAGAAAAACCUUGACCUAAAAAGACACAAUGCACUUUUAGACCAAGAGAAGAUGAAGCUGUGUGCAGAGCUCAAGCAGACCCUGGCUAAACUGGCCCAGGUGGAGGCCAGUGCAGAAGGGCAGGCAGCAGAGUUGGAGCAUCUGCAGCAGAGAUCCAGAGAGUUGGAGCUGGAGCUGUCCAGGAGCAGCCAGAACAGGCAGACUAGCUGCAGCCUCAAAGAGGAGCUCAAUGCUGAGAGAGCCCGCGUCAUAUCUGCCGACAAAAAGGUGUUGGAGCUUCAGCAGCAGUUGAAGAACGCUCUGCAUCAAUUACGUCUGGAGGAAGCCAGGGCAGGAGAGACCAGCAAGCUGGAGAGAGAUACCAGGGACAUGUCCGAUAACCUGUCCGCCCUCCGAGCCAAACUGCAGGAGGAGCAGCUCCAGAGAAAGUUGCUGGAGCAGAGGGAAGAGGAGCUGCAGCAGCAGGUACGCUCUCUACGUAUAAAGGAGGCCAACCUCAGCCGCACUAACUCUGAGCUCUCCCACCGCUCCCAGCAGCUGAAUACACGGCUAGAGGUGCUGGAGAACGAGCUGACCUCCACCAGAGAGCAGCAAAGGCUCAGUCAGAAGAGCUGCCACGAGCUGGAGGAGCAGCUCAUGUCUGCCCAGCAGGAGUCAGAGAGAUUGCAGCAAGAGCUGCAGCAGGUCCUCCACCAACUCGACACUAACAUCAGGAGAUACAAUGAAAAGCAGUCUCUACAUAAGACCAAGCUGCGCAGAGCAAAGCAGCUGUUCAUGAAGGCAACCACCCAGCGAGACCUGCGGAUCCAGAAGCUGGAGAAUGAUCUGGCUCUUGCAACGAGUCUGUCAGAGAAAGAAAAAGACUGGAUUAGGACUGUGACAGAGGAGAAUGAUCAGCUCCUGCUAGAGAGGCGAGAGUUGCUCAGGAGGAUGACUGAGGCUGAGGAGAUGGGUAACAAUGGAAUGAGAACCGCAACUACCAUACAGCAAAGGGUGAAGUUUCUAGAGGUGGAGAAUAAACAGCUUCAGGAGAAAACACUGAAGCUGGCCAAUCAAAUUGGAGUUCUCGAGCGUGCACUGAGAAAUCUUCAGUCAGUGUGUACUGUUGAGGAGGUAAAGAAAAUCUUUCCUUCUGGAACACACACUGAUGGCCUGUUGCGAACGUCAACUCCAAGUCCGAAGCCAGGGCUGUGUGACUCGUGGGGACUAUUGGAUGCCAUCCGCAGAGUUAAAGUGGGAGAGCAUGUAAAGAGCUUGGAGUCAUCUCUCUCCCUGCCCGCCUCCCAGCCUUCAGAGAUUGGCUAUCUAAAUGUAAGCUCCCCCAUGGCUCCCAGCGCCACACUGGACCAAGAGGAGGAUCACAGUGCCGCAAGUGAAGACACCUGAGGAAACUGCACCAGCUAUUAUUACAGAGAUCGCCAGUCAUCCUCAGAUUCAUAGUCAAGUCUAAUGAAUGGUUAAAUCACUGGGUCAAAAGGUGCCUACGCUCAUUACAGUUGAGUGAACUCAAGAAUUUUGUCAAAGUAGUCUUUAUUCCUGCCAUUAGGAGUCAUAUAAUGACAUAUAGCUGUGAUACAAUUUCACUGUGGAACUGAGGUGAGUAAAUUUGAUAUGCGUGGCAUAAGAAGACUUGCAGCAGCCUUGCCACACUUGCCCUCUGGCCAUUUGAUGUACUAGAUGAAAAUUCUGAUUCCAUACAGUGCUGUUACCUGGAAAUUGAAGCUAAUUGGUAGCCAGAUUAUAUUUAUCAACCUUUCUAAGAGAGGUGGUGCAUUACAGCUUAAACACUGACACUGUGAUUGAAACAAUAUUUUUAAUAUUUUUUUUUUUUUUGGUAAUCAACUAUAUUGCCCAUGCUUACUCAGGGUUAUUACUGCUGAAUUGAGUUUGUCUUUGCCACUCAUAUUCAUUACAGCAGAAAUCUCCAUUCUAGUCUUUGAAGACCCUCAGGCAGUCAGUUUUCUUCUAUUCAAGCUACCCACACACCUGAACCAUGUAGUCAAAAUUGCAUAGCCUCUGAUGUCCUGACUUUGGUUUGGUAGGUGCUGAGAAAGUUCAAAGAAAUGUGAUUCUGUAGGACCAAAGUGAGAGCCUCAGAAGUAUAGCAUGGAGAUGAAGUAACUCCAGGAAACUAGUUAUAUGCCUUUUGCUGCUCUGCCCCCUACAGACUGCAGACUAGAGGAAUAAGCAAGCUGGACUGAUGUCUAAGGCAGAGACAGAACCGAAUGUUUGAGGUUGUGAGAUAUCUGCAAGCAAUAUAAUUCAAUGGAUGUCAAGGCCAAAGCAGAAUGUACAGCCUCAUAAAAGCUGGGGAAACUAUGAGGUACAUUUUCUGUAACAUAGCGGUUAUAUGCUAUGUGUGU